AUGUGGAGGCGAACCUACCUAGUUCUCUUGUUGAUUCGCGUUUAUUUUGCGCUCAGUCCUAGCUACAUUCACCCGGACGAGCAUUUCCAGGGGCUUGAGGUCUUUGCAGGCCGGAUUCUUUCUUAUCCGUCCCGGUUGCCGUGGGAGUUCACCUCCGAUCGCCCUAUCCGCAGCAUCUUUCCGCUGUGGCCGAUCUAUGACGUCCCGAUAAGCCUCCUAAAAUGGUUUUAUAAUGAGACGGGGACAGAAAGCCCACCAGCGGAGCUGGUAUACUAUGUUGUGCGGGGGGCCAUGUUCCUGCUGAGCUUCGUAUUGGAAGACUGGGCCGUCCACGAGCUGGUCCCUCUUCCACGCCAUCGCCGGGCCGCUGUGGUUUUGGUGGCAUCCUCGUAUGUCACCUGGACUCAUCAGACGCACACAUUCUCCAACUCGCUCGAGACCCUGUUAGUUGCCUGGGGCUUAGUUCUAAUUAAUCGCAUUAUCGACAAGCGACGCUCUUCGCUCUUCUCCUGCGCCGUGCUAUCCUUCAUCUGCGUUGCGGGUGUCUUUAACAGGAUAACCUUUCCUGCUUUCCUCGCUAUUCCAGGCCUUCAAUUGCUACCACAUUUUUGGCGCAAACCGGUAUCGCUACUUGCAUUCAUUGGUUUUGGCCUCAUAUUUUUCUUCGUUGCUAUCUCUGCCGACACGAUAUUCUAUAGACCGUCUGCAUCAUUCAGCGAUGUCCUACGCUCGCCGAUAAUUACACCACUUAAUAAUCUCCUUUACAAUACCGACAGCUCCAACUUGGCUCUUCAUGGACUACACCCGCAUUAUAAUCACUUCUUAGUCAAUUUGCCACAGCUUCUUGGUCCUGCAUUUGUGGCAAUGGUUCUGCAGGCCUACAAUUUGCGCUCUAUACCUUCUUGGUUGAAGAACGUCCGAGCAGCUUCUGCGCUAUCGGCUACCGCCAUGCUGUCCAUUUUCCCUCACCAGGAACCGAGGUUCCUGAUACCUUGUGUGCCUCUGCUCCUCAGCUGUCUCCAUGUCCGCAAAUCGCGCUUGUUUUUGGCUGCUUGGGCCAUAUUCAAUGCAGCCUUGGGCUUUUUGAUGGGCGUGUAUCAUCAAGGAGGCGUUGUGCCAACACAGCUUGCGGUUCCCUCCAUUAUCUCAGCUACAACGUCUGUAAAAGAGUCUCAGUCCGUUUCCGCUACUGUGGUUUGGUGGAAAACGUAUUCCCCGCCUCUAUGGUUACUUGGUGAUAACUCCACUCUACCUGUGGACUUGAACAUCGACACCCAAGAUUUGAUGGGCAAACCUGGGCCAGAAAUGAUCAACGACCUUGAAGAUUUAAUCGCCUCCUGUCGGAAAAAACAGAAGUCGGGUUCGAAACAACCUGACGCUGUCUUCGUGGUCGCGCCAAAGUCCGUCACUUUUCUGGACCAGUUCCUGGCUCCGCAAAGCUCCGAAUCAAGCUUGGAAUUGCUUGAGCUAUGGAAUUACAGAAAGCACAUCAGUUUGGAUGAUUUAGACUUUGGCACGGAUGGCGUUUUACCAACCCUAAAGCGGGUGAUUGGGAGACGUGGAUUAGGAGUUUGGCUUGCGCAACGACCCGCCUGCCGUUACACCUGA